UCUUAUACUGAAUUGAAGAGAGGAACAAAAGAACUACCGAAAAUGGCCGCAGCGCUUCCCCCACCGGUGUCUUCUCUCAAACUAACAACCACAACUCCAUUCUCAUCCCCACGCGAACUGUUCCUCGCAUUACACAAGCCCCAAACUUCCUUUACCCCACGCGCCACUCCCGAUUCCGACUCCGCCGCCGACUCCCCAACGGAAACCGGCUCCUCCUCCGCCACCUCAUCCGAUUCCGACCCAUUCGAAUCCCGCCUCUCCCAGGUCCGCAUCCGUUACCGAAGAGGAAUCGGAAAGAAAGCGGAGCGCCGAAAAUCGAAGAAAUCAGGAUCCGUAUCCACUUCGUCCUCCUCCUCCAUCUACCUCCCUCCGGUGCCUUUAACAGAGUCGAUUUCAAAUGGGUUGAAAGUGGAUUUCGGGUUUAACCCAUAUAGCGAGAGAAUAAACGGACGGAUCGCGAUUCUCGGGUUGCUGGCUUUGGUUUUGGUGGAAUUGGCUUCGGGUAAGAGCGUGAUAAGUUAUCAUACGCCGGCGAUUAUCUUCAUUCAGAUUUAUUUUGUAGCUGCAGUUGCGGCUUUGUUCGUUAAAUACGAGAAAGAAAAAGCUAGUGUUUGGCCACCUUCUCUAUCUAAAAUCCAGCAUUUUUGUCCAUUGCUUCAGUUGAAUCAUCUGUUGUAUCUUUAUGAUUGGCCAUUGUACGCUCCUCAUAAUACAGUGGAGCACGAUGAUUAUCAUUAUUGGGAAUUGAUUCACCUAUCGAAGGAGCCUCAAACCAAGGUGUUUGAGAAUGGGAACUCUGAUAACCAGUAGGAUUAACAUCUCUUGAACCCAAGGCAGCUUUGUUAAUCAAAGAUGAAUCAUUGUUUGCUGAAUAUCCUAAAGGUGAAAACGUAACCGGUGCCUGCUAUUGUUUGAAGAUGAUCAGAACUCUGAUAACUUUCCCGAGGCUGAGGCUGUA